GACUUUGAUAUUUCGCCGCUGAGGCAACAUGGCGAGCGCCGGCAGAGGAGAAUAUAUGCGAGAUGCGGAGUUUUCACCUCAAACAUCAGGCAGGAGCGACGCAGACAUCGACAGACGGCUGGCAAGGACUCUGAUCGCGGUCGGUCUCUGUGCGGCGGCUGCGGGUCUCGCGGGCCGCUACGCGUUCCAGCUGUGGAAGCCUCUCGGCCAGGUCUUCACUGAAACCGUCAGGAAGAUGCCCUCGUCCGCGUUCUCGUCGUAUUACAAAGGAGGUUUUGAGCAGAAGAUGUCCAAACGAGAGGCCGGCCUUGUUCUCGGGAUCAGCCCAGUCAGCACCAAGGCCAAGGUGCGCGAGGCCCAUCGGAAGAUCAUGGUCCUGAACCAUCCGGAUAAGGGUGGGUCGCCGUACCUGGCCGCUAAGAUCAACGAGGCCAAAGACCUUUUUGACAAGGAGAACCGGCACUGACCCGCGCGGUUCACGGACACUACGAAGCCCCCGGCGCCGAGCCGUCCGCUCUGCUCCCCGAGGGAAAAACCUUCAACGUCGCUGCUUCUCUCCACAUUCAUUCGUCAACAUUGGGAACGUGUAAUUACGUGUAUCAACCACGGGUGAACGGUAUUGACUUUGAAAGGACUUGGCAUAAUCUCAUUUACUCAUGUUGACUGUGUAUGUGGGUAAACAGGCGCCCUCUAGUGGCUGUUCUGAAGCGACUACAAAUGACUUGUAUAAAGGCUACACAUGUAACAUGUAACCCUCCUGUUAUCUGUCAAUUUGAGCCCGUUCAAUGUUUACCGUCUCUAAAUAUAUGAUUGACAUCA